AUGGAGGAAGGAAAUGAUUGUGUUGCCGGAGAACAGCGGAUUUGUCGCCGGCGUCGAUCCUCCGACGAAAGUAACAGCGGGAGCGGCGGAGUAGGCGGCGGCGCCGUCGUCGACUCUGAUGGCGGCGGAGGAGAGGCGGGAGAGGUCGGAAGAUCUGAUGCUGAGGACCAACUCCCUGAAACUAAGGAGCCUCGCAACUGUCAUAACGAGUCCGACGAGAAUCCCGAAACUCCAUCAAUCAACGAAGACGAUCCAAAGGCUGAAAACGAGCAACCCGAUCCAACGGACGGCCAACAAAAGACCCUAAAAAAGCCGGACAAAAUCCUCCCCUGCCCCCGUUGCAGCAGCAUGGAGACCAAAUUCUGUUACUACAACAACUACAACGUCAGUCAACCCCGCCACUUCUGCAAGAGCUGUCAGCGGUACUGGACAGCUGGCGGCACCAUGAGGAACGUUCCGGUGGGGGCCGGCCGGAGAAAGAACAAGAACUCCGCCCCCCAUUGCCACCUCAUAACAAUUUCCGAUAACGCCCUGAAACCUAACCCCGCCAUCCUCUCGUUCGGCCCCGACCCGCCCGCGUUCGAACCGGGUUUGGAUACUUCGGAGAAACGGGUCGCGUGCGGAUCCAAUAACGCGCCGGAUGUACCUGUAAAUAACAUGAACGGGUUUCCGUACCCCGUUCAUUGCAUUCCGGGUGUUCCUUGGCCUUACCCCGUUCCGUUACCGACCCUUUGCCCGCCCGGUUACCCUAUCCCGUUUUACCCGCCCGCACCUUACUGGGGUUGGAAUAUGCCGUGGGUAUCUGGGGAUCAAACGGGACCCACUUCGCCGUUAGGGAAGCACUCGAGAAACGGUGAAUUGAUUAAUCCGAAGGUUUCCGAGAAGGGUUCGGAAAGUAAUUCGAUUGUGAUUCCGAAAACAUUGAGGAUCGACGAUCCGGAGGAAGCUGCAAAGAGUUCGAUAUGGGAAACUUUGGGGAUUAAAUAUAAUUCCGUUAAUAGGGAAGGUCUUUUCAAGGCCUUGCAACCGAAGAGUGGUGGCGAAAAGGAAAUUAGGGUUUCGGCUUCGGCGGCGAUGCAGGCUAACCCUGCGGCUUUGUCUCGUUCGAUAACAUUCCAAGAGGGUGCGUAGAUUCAAGAAAUGUGGCCCGCUACUUCGAAUGGUGUUUUGUUUCUUCCUAUUCUGAAAUCAUCGAUAUACAUUACAUGUCAAAAACAAGAAUCAAUGACACCGUGAAAUGUAUAGGUGGUGCGUAUUUGUGAUUUUGGAAUAGAAGAUGAAAACACGGGUUUUGGAAUUGUGACUGUAUUUAACAUGUUAUCGGCUUCUCGGACGAGCUAGUUUUCCAGCUUUUUUUUCUUGUAACAAUAAGAAGAUGCCUUUCUUUCUUUUUUUACCUUUGAUGAAUUUGUGGUGCUUUUUCCACCCAUGUAUAUAUAAGUUUGUAGAGAAGUACUUUUGUUUUAACAGAGGAUAAAGAGUAAGAAUUGAUGAAUAGGUGUUUGGAAUUUUGUUAACUGUCUUAAUUAGUUGUGUAAGGAACUUUUGUUUGGUAAAAGGGGCUCUCUCCCUUUUGAAUUAUCUUUAUACAUAAAGACUUCUCUUUUUG